AUUGAGCGUUUCGUGAUCGACAUUCCGCAGGACGUGCUGGACGACCUGGCGGUCCGGCUGGCGGAUACGCGGUGGCCGGACGAGAUUCCGGGCACGGGAUGGGACUACGGCACGGACCUCUCCUACCUUCGGGAGCUUGUGGAGUACUGGCGGACAGAGUACGACUGGCGGGCGCAGGAGCGGGCGCUCAACGAGCUUGAGCACUUCCGCGCCAUUGUUGGUGGGCUGGGCGUGCACUUCAUCCACGAGCGCGGCAAGGGGCCGGACCCGUUCCCGCUGGUAAUCUCCCACGGCUGGCCGGGGUCCGUGGUGGAGAUGCUGCGGAUCAUUCCCAUGCUGACCGAUCCGGCGUCGCACGGCGGCGACCCUGCCGACUCCUUCGACGUGGUGGUUCCCUCGCUGCCGGGGUACGGGUUCUCCGACAAGCCCGUUGAUCGGGGCAUGAGCAACAGGCGCAUUGCCGGGAUGUGGCACACCUUGAUGACCGAGGGUCUGGGCUACGCACGGUUCGGGGCGCAGGGCGGCGACUGGGGCGGAAUGAUCAGUUCGCGGCUGGGCUUCGAUUUCCCGCAGUCGGUGGCCGGGGUGCACCUGAACCUGAUGACCGGCGUGCCCGCCUUUCGCGGCGCUCCCGAUCCUCCCCUGACCGAGGCGGAGCAGGAAUUUGUACGGCAGGCCCGGCGCUGGUUCGAGGACGAGGGCGGCUACUUCCACAUCCAGCGGACCAAGCCGCAGACGCUGGGUUCGCGCUCAACGACUCGCCGGUGGGACUGGCCGCGUGGAUCAUCGAAAAGUUUCGCACAUGGUCGGACUGCGGCAGGCAACCCGGAGAACAGCUACACCCGCGACGAGCUGCUGACCAACAUCAUGGUCUACUGGGUUGGGCAGAGCGGGGCAUCGUCGGUGCGGCACUACUACGAGAACCGGGUGGACAACUGGCGCUUCCAGCCGGGAGAGCGGGUGGAGGUGCCGUGCGCGGUGGCCCUGUUCCCGGUGGAAAUCAACCGUCCGCCCCGUGAGUGGGCCGAGCGCACCCACAACGUGCAGCGCUGGACCAAGAUGCCCCGCGGCGGACACUUCGCAGCGAUGGAGCAGCCGGAGUUGCUGUCGGAGGAUGUUCGGGCGUUCUUCCGGACCAUUCGCCAGCAUCGCUCCAGUCAGGGAGCGCGGUCGUAA